AUGUCCACUGGGAUUCAUCAUGCCACGAAUCAAAGCAUCAAGCCCUUCAAGUCUAGCGAAGAGUACCUGUAUGCGAUGAAAGAGGAUUUGGCAGAAUGGUUGAGAGAUUUGUACGAGAUUGAUAUUGAUGUGAACAACAUUGUGGAGGCGCUCGAGACGGGCGCAGUCCUCUGUUCCCACGCCAAUAAUGUCACACGAGUGGCGGGAGAGUUCAUUCAGAAGUACGGGAUGGUGCGACAGGUCCAGCUGCCAACGACAGGUGUCACGUUUGUAAAUUCGGCCCAACCUGCAACUUUCCUGGCCCGGGACAACAUCUCAAAUUUCAUCAGCUGGUGUCGAAAGCAUAUGGAUAUUAAAGGUAUGACAAUAUGCCUGUAUAAUGGCAAUGAAUGUUUUGACAGACAACUACUUUUGCUGGCCACAAUUUUUCAAUUGCAUAUAUGUUACAGAAGGCUUGAACAUAAUUAUAGUUGAACUGAGUGAAACCAUUGCCGUUCUCGGUGUCAUUCAGGAGUAUCACAGCUGUAAAUUCAGUGGUGUAAAGUACUUAAGUAGUACUUUCAAGUAUUUUUCCUUAAGUCGUUUUUGGGGAUAUCUGUACUUUACUAGUUAUAUUUUUGACAACUUUUACUUCACUCCAUACAUUUUCCCUGACACCCAAAAGUACUCGUUACAUUUUGAAUGCUUAGCAGGACAGGAAAAUGGUAUAAUUCACACACUUAUCAAGAGAACAUCCCUGGUCAUCCCUACUGCCACUGAUCUGGCGGACUCACUAAACACUUGCUUCAUUUGGUAAAUUAUGUCUUGAGUGUUGGAGCGUGCCCCUGGCUAUCCGUAAAUUUAAAAAAAAUAUAUAAGAAAAUAGUGCUAUAUGGUUUGAUUGAUAUAAGGAAUUUGAAAUGGUUUAUACUUUUACUUAUACUUUUGAUACUUAAGUAUAUUUUAGCAAUUACAUUUACUUUUUAUACUUAAGUAGAUUUAAAACCAAAUACUUUUGGACUUUUACUCAAGUAGGAUUGUACUGGGCGACUUAACAUUUUACUUGAGUCAUUUUCUAUUAAGGUAUCUUUACUUUUACUCAAGUAUGAUAAUUGGGUACUUUUUCCACCACGGUGUAAAUUAAUAUACUUUAUCUGCCGUAGAUUCGUACCCACUUGCCCCACAGGUCAAGUGGCAAACAGGUGUGACAAACUGACAUGAAUGGAGUCUCUUGAAUUCAUGGCUGCUUGACAAGCAUCUCUAUUAUUUCUAGGCCCAUUGUAUAAAAAAAUACAAUAUAUAUAUAUUUUUCUGAAUGCACACAUUCAGUAGCCUACAACGGACUGUGUGUGCUAGGCAGGUGCGCAACACAGUGUGUUUGAUGGAAUGCAUGCAAUAUGGAAAUGUACCACUAGGUGAGGCUCUAAGUCCAUACUCCAUAGGAACAUGGCCUCAUGAAAAUUUCCCUCGUAUUUAUAUUUUUUAAUCUUUCUAAUGAUCACAUCCCUGGAUAGAACAUUCCUCUUGAACAUUCAAAGAAAACAUGAUAGUCUAGUUGGAAACUCAGAGCCCAGGGUUUUCCUGGUCAUGUGGGUCACAUGAGGCAACUCCUGCCCCUUUGUAUUGCAUUAACAUCUCAAGAUCCUCCGACAUCUCACUCAAUCCCUCUUCUCCCCGCUCCUUCUCCAGAUGUGCUCAUGUUUGAGACAGACGACCUGGUGCUGCGGAAGAAUGAGAAGAACUUUGUGCUGUGUCUGCUGGAAGUGGCCCGGCGGGCCUCUCGUUUUGGUAUGGCCGCCCCCGUGCUGAUCCAGCUGGAGCAGGAAAUCGAGGAGGAGAUCAGAGAGGAGCUGGAGCUACCCCUGGAGGAGACCCCGCCAGUUGCCAAACCCCAGCGCCGCACCUCCAACACUCAAAACCUGGAUGAGAUGGUGAGACUGCACCACUGGAACCAGUUCACAAAUUGGAACCAAUUAACAAAUCUUCCACUAUAAUCAUUGAUCAAAUCCAGAGUGGCGCAGUGGUCUAAGGCACUGCAUCGCAGUGCUAGCUGUGCCACUAGAGAUCCUGGUUCGUAUCCAGGCUCUGUCGUAGCCGGCUGCAACCGGGAGACCCAUGGGGCGGCGCACAAUUGGCCCAGCGUCGUCCAGGGGAGGGGAGGGAAUGGCCGGCAGGGAUGUAGCUCAGUUGGUAGAGCAUGGCGUUUGCAACGCCAGGGUUGUGGGUUUGAUUCCCACGGGGGGCCAGUAUGAAAAAAAUUAUAAUGUAUGCACUCACUAACUGUAAGUCGCUCUGGAUAAGAGCGUCUGCUAAAUGACUAAAAUGUAAUGUAAAUGUAAAUCCACUAUUCCAACUAGUUCACAUAUCUCCUACUGUAACUAAUGUUAUCUGUCAUUGUAAUCAGUGAUCAAAUCUAUUUUAAGUGACCAGUUAUUACAUCAAUCCACCACUAUUAGUAGUGAACUCUACAAUGAUCAAGUCCAGUGGCGACCCGUCAUUCAGGCUCUGCCCCACCUGUUUUGAGCCCCACACAAAAAAUAAAUACAAAGAAAGGGUUGUUUUGCCUGUUAUUUAGGUAUUAAUACGUGUCACAUAUCAGUUUGCAAACAAUGUAAAAACAUGGUCUCUUUUUUGCUUUCUUGAGUAAGGCAGCUCCAAAAUGCAGGUGUUUCAGCCUAGCUCAGUGCUUUCUCUGGUGGUGGGGCAGCCAGCGGAAAAUAUGGAGCGUAGGGGUUGGUAAUGUUCUCUAGUUGCGCUGGGAUUGGCUCAGUGUUCUGUCACUCAUGGGGCACUACGUCACUGCCAAAUCUAAGGGUAGAGCUCGAAAAUUCAAGCCCCUUGGGUGCUGCCAUAGAGUUACAUUAGAAGUGCCUAUCCAAGAAGGCUCAAGGUCAUUGGCCACAGAUAAAAUGACGUCAAAUCACGUUAUAUCUACAGUAGCUUUGAUUGGACUGAUCAUGCCGCCAACAUACUUUCAAAAUCUUAGCUAGCAGUCAUCAUCAUGAAUCAAAUCCACAAUCUACUGGAAAAUACUUUUUAAUCCUUGUCAUAUGAAGAGAAAUAUUGAAGAGAAAUUAUAGAUAAAACAUAUCGGUGCUCAUCGGACAUAAACAUUACACAACAAGUUGGAAAUUUCAAAUUCAACAAUGAGUGGUUUGGAAGGAAUCAGUGGCUAACUGCAAGCAUUGCAAAGCAAUCACUAGCCUGCUAUUCAGUGGAGUGGGUGUGUGUUCCCAAUUCUGGGUUUAAGGGUCUCUUUUCCAAGCUUAAAAUGAUAAACAUUCAACAUUGGACAUGCUGUUAAUCCAGCAUGAUUUCUGCCUCGCUCAAAACAACUUUUAACUUGGAACUGGGAAAUCUGACUUCAGUGAGUUCAAGACAACUGGGAACUCGGGGAAAAACGAGCUUAGACUGGGAAAGUCAGUUUUGAACGGUCAUCCAACUCAGAAUUGUAAGUUGGGAACUCUGGCCUCUUUCUAGAGCUACGACCUGAAGAUUACUGACGUCAUCAUGAUUCGACCUUGUUUUUUUUCCCGAGUUCCCAGUUGUCUUGAAAGCACCAGAAAUCCAGAGAAUGCCAGACUUAGAUGACAAAGUUCGAUGACAAAAUUUGCCCACAAAGGACUGCCGCGCCACCUUCCUGUUCAAGUGAGCACAACAAGGUGAGUCCAAAAAUGUCUUGUAUGCUGCUGCAUAAAUGAUGUAAUAUGCCAGGGAGAUAUGUAUACUGUAGCUAAGAAAGUAAUACUAAGUGUAUGUUGUGUAGUAAACUGUUAGUAGCCCAUGUGCCUCACCCUAAUAAUUUGGUCUAUUUUCCCCUCUAAAUUUCGCCUACUGUUCUGAUUUGGUGGUGCACAGAGAAAUGUCAUCAUAGAAUAUUGUAAGAGCUUUCAUUGUCUGCUUAUAUGCCCCCUUUAUUUAUUUUACGGUUCUGAUUUGAAAUACAGGGAGAACACUAAGAACGGCCCAUGUUCUGAAUUCUGUCGCUGUACAUUUCAAAAGUGCUGAACAAAUAGUUAUAUUGACUACGUCCGUCCUAGCUCGCUUAUUAAUGUCUUAAUCGAAAUUACGGAUUGCCUCUAAUCCGCUUGUCGUCUCUUUAUGCCAUAGUUUGUACAUCUCAAUUGUCAGUAGAAACCACAUUUGUUUAAGCAAGUCAGCCAUAUCAGCUAUGUUUUUUUUAAAGGCAGUAAAUGAGGCUGAAUGAACUGUUUGGCUGCCAGACAAGGCUCCGCUGAUAGCCAGGUGUAGCGAUGGGAAGGUGUUGGGACAGCUUUAUGUAGGCCCUAACAGGUUGUGUGCACCGUGUGUCACCGUUAUAGUGCAAUUAAUGUAUUGUUUAGUGUUGUGUAGUGGCUUUGCUGGCAUGCAUCCAUAUAUAUAUAUAUAUAUAUUUUGCCCCACCAAGAUUGGCAUGCUAAAAUCGCCAAUGAUCAAGUCUACUGUAACUAAUGAUGAAAUCACCCGAUGUAACCAGUGAUCAGAUCUCCUGCCCUCAAUGUGGCCAGUCUGGUUUAACUACUGAUCUGGUUCCCUCUAUUGGGAAAGGACUGGUACUCAUGAGGUUUUAUACACUGAAUGAUAUUAGACUUUGUUGGAUAAACCUAAUGAUGGUAGUUUGGGAUAUAGGGGUUAUUUCCAUUUUAAUGAAGUUAUCUGAGGAAAUUAAUUAGACCAUCCAAUUUUAGUGGAAAAGAUGAACAGACCAUGGAAAUUGCCAUGUCAAAUUAGUCUACAGGAUUGACUUGAAUCUUCUCUUAAAACCCUGUGUCGAGGGAUGGAGGGCUUGUUGUUGUUGCUACAGAGAUGUGAGUUGUAGGACAAGCAGGGGGAAUGUCCUGGCGGGUGCACUUAGCUGCCGGGAUGAGUCAGUGAUUUAUCUAAGUCUGGGGUUCAAUCCAGUCACUCACUGAUAUAUUGCAUAGAUAAGCAAUAGCUGGAUAGUGUAAGGCGACGAAGAAACAGUAGGGCUGCCUUUGUAUAGCGCAGUGUGUGUCCGUUUCCGUGUGUGUGAUGCGACACUGAAUUGUAUUUGAAUUUAACUGUAAUUGUCACCCUUGCUAUAGAAUAAAGACAACAUAAGCAUUAAUAUAAAUAAAGUAUAAAAACAUACAGUUCAAGUUCAAGUGUCGGCUCUUGGAUUUCACCUGUGUGUGUUUGUUUGUUUCUCAGGUCCAGUACCUCAUAAGCCGCUGCAGCUGCCCCACACAGUUUCCCAUGGUCAAAAUGUCUGAGGGCAAAUACAGGGUGGGGGACUCCAGCACCCUCAUAUUUGUUCGGGUAUGCCUGCCCUCGCCACCUGUUUUACUCUCUCUUCCCUCUCCUCCUCAUCAUCAAUCGCUCACUCUUUCCAGCUGAGCUCAUUCUGUGCCUGUCACUUCUCAACUCUGACAAUCUAUCACAGAUAUACCUGUAUACUGCAGCACUCUCUGGCAAAAAAAAAAAAGAACUUUCUGUUUUGUGCUUUUUUACUGUGGCAGAACGUGGGGUGCGAUAUCUGUGGGGUGUGAUAUAUGUAACUUUGAAGGUCUCUUGGAGGACUUUGAAAUUCUUAAUGCUAUGCAGUCAUUAUUAUGAGUGAAUCAUAUCUGACUUUUACGAUCUUAACCCACCAAUUAUACAAUGUUGCAGUUGUGCUUUUCUUCAUAGGUAUGGUUUGGGCGUGCAUGCGUGUGUGUCCAUGUGUUUUCAGAUCCUGCGUAAUCACGUGAUGGUGCGAGUGGGUGGAGGUUGGGACACCCUGGAGCACUAUCUGGACAAGCAUGACCCCUGUCGCUGCACCUCUAUCAGUGAGUUCUCUCUGACCCCCCCCCCCCCCCCCCACACUCACACACUAGCCCCCCUCCUAGACUGAACCUGCUUGCAUCACCAUCACUUACAUAAUGCAGGAGCAGCCACCAGGGAAAUUGACUGAUAUAAGAAUAUGAGUCAAUAUUCCUCUCCCACAACUCUCUAACCACAUUACUAUACAACAAUGCAACUCAACUUUAUUAAACCCCACAGGGGCAAUUUAGAUUAGAAGGAAUCAAAGAGAGUACAUGUAUGUGUUAUAUAAUUACAGUAGGAUGGAGAAGUGGAAUACCUGGAAUAUUACUCAAUGCUAUUCUCAAUAUUGCAAUACAAAGUAGGGCAUGCUGCACACUAGGUGGCAGUCCACACCUUAACCAUUGCGCUUGUCAUGAUUGGACGAAUGAGCUGCUCGUUGUGUAUUAUUGUGCAUUGACAAAGCACAUACAUUAAAGGGGCCAAGGAAAGGAAGCAUGGAUAGAUGACUGCGGUCCCAUUUGCGCUACUGAGUCACACUUACAGUAUAUAUACAAAAGUAUGUGGACACCCCUUCAAAUUAGUUGAUUCGGCAAUUUCAGCCACACCCGUGCUGACAGGUGUAUAAAAUUGAGCACACAGCCAUGCAAUUUCCAUAGACAAGCAUUUGCAGUAGAAUUGCCUUACUGAAGAGCUCAGUGACAUACAGAAAUCGUUUGUCGAGGUCUGUGUGGAAGAACUUGACUGGCCUGCACAGAGCCCUGACCUCAACCCCAUUGAACACCUUUAGGAUGAAUUGGAAUGCCGACUGCGAGCCAGGCCUAAUCGCCCAACAUCAGUGCCCGACCUCACUAAUGCUCUUGUGGCUGAAUGGAACUAAGUCCCUGCAGCAAUGUUCCAACAUCUAGUGGAAAGCCUUCCCAGAAGAGUGGAGGCUGUUAUAGCAGCAAAGGGGGGACCAACUCUAUAUUAAUGCCCAUGAUUUUGGAAUCGACAAGCAUAUGUCCACAUACUUUUGGUCAUGUAGCGUAUGUAAUUGUGAAGCAUUGCUGGCCUCCUCUCCAAGGACGGCUUCUAACCAAAGGCAUGUAACAUCAUAGCCGUGGGAAGUAGGGGUGCUGAACUUUUUUUUUUUCUCUGACAAAAGUAGUUCGCUGGGCCUUCACUAGUCCUGUAUUAGCCAACGGCUAUAUCGGUUCGCUAACAAAUCACAGCAUCCCCACUCCCAAACAUCUUCCCGAGGCUAUGUGUAACAUCUCACUCUCCUGGCUCACCUGGCUAGUACAAUAAAGCCCCAAGAGCGCCAGAGUGGAAGGACGGUGGACUGUGGUUGUCAUUUUGUCAUAUAAAUAGACACAUUUCUAUUAGGAGCAACCAUUAGCAUAACCUCUAUACUUUCAGCUGAUGAAAGUUGGAAAAAGAUUGGAAAAAGUUGACUCCAAUGCAGAAAUAUGAAUUGUGACAGGCACUGACAUUGCAAACAUAAACCUAAUUGGUAUUCAUAAGAUCUAUCAUAGAUGUUAAAUAUGCAGUGGGAAAAAAUGGUGCUUAAUUCCUAAAAAGAUCACCGUAAGUGCUUUAUGUAACGAUUACCAUUCAAAUGAGUGCUGCUGAAUCCUGUAUCUUCCAUUUUAUUUUCCACCUCGGUCAUUUACUGGGAUAUUAACAGCUUCCCUGUAACACUGGUGACAUGAUGACCUUGUUUUCUUCUCUUCUCUCGUUUUCCAUCCCUCUCUCUUCCAUCCGUCUUCAGCCCAUAAGCUGGCCCAGCGCCCGGGCACGCCGGUCCAUGAGAUCAAAGGCAGGUUACCGGGGCGCCCAGACGGCCAGGGUCCAACCAUGCCUACCACGCUGCUCAUGAGUCGCCACGCCCAGGCCCCCCUCCAGCCCGUCCUCUGGACCCCCUCCACCUCCUCCCCCAGGGGCCUGAGGCCAGCCAGGACCAGGGUUUCCCGAUCACCAGACCCAAGGCUCAGAGCCUCUCGCUCCCCCAACAGAUCAUCCCUCUCUCCUGACCCAGGCCCCCCGUUCUCCAGGGAGAUGAAGACUAUUUUUUCCAACAGGUAAGAGAGUAAUGGUGAUGGCAUUGAUGAAAAUAUUAGUAAUAUUGAUGAAAAUGCUAUUAAAGACAAUGAUGGACAUUGAGGGUGUUGAAAUUGAUUGUAAGUUCACAUUCAUGGGUGGUUUUCAGUACCAGGGUACAUAAUCAGUGAAUGCCACACUGACCUUAAACACAGUCUGAACCUAACAGGAUCAUUAAUAACACAGCUUGGUUCCUCUGGACCUUGGUAUUAGUGCUGAUCACUGCCAUUUAACUACAUUAUAAGAUGACCUGUUCAUUGACAGAUGCAAAAAGGAUACAUAAUAUGUUGAAAAACCCUCGCUUGUUGUCUGGCAUCAGCAGCAAACACCUUCCUAAUAUUGAGUUGCACCCCUUUUUGCCCUCAGUACAGCCUCAAUUCGUCGGGGUAUUGACUCUACAAGGUGUCUAAAGCAUUCCACAGGGAUGCUGGCCCAUGUUGACUCCAAUGCUUCCCACAGUUGUCUCAAGUUGGCUGGAUGUCCUUUGGAUGGUGGACCAUUCUUGAUACAUACGGGAAACUGUUGAGCGUGAAAAACCCAGCAGCGUUGCAGUUCUUGACACACUCAAACCGGUGCGCCUGGCACCUAGUACCAUACCCUGUUGAAAGGCACUUAAAUAUUUUGUCUUGCCCAUUCACCCUCUGAAUGGCACACAUACACAAUCCAUGUCUCAAUUGUCUCAAGGCUUAAACAUAAUUCUUUAGCCUGUCUCCUCCCCUUCAUCUACACUGAUUUGAAGUGGAUUUAACAAGUGACAUCAAUAAGGGAUCAUAGCUUUCACCUGGAUUCACCUGGUCAGUCUACGUCAUAGAAAGAGCAGGUGUACCUAAUGUUUUGUAUACUCAGUGUAGAUAGGGCACCUUGCUGUAGUUGAUAAACCCAUUACAAGUGUCCGAGUUAAGUGUUAAGUGCCAUUCUAUGUUACAGAGGACUGAGAGCAGAACCCUCCUACCAUUAGAACCUUAUGGCCUUGUCUGAGAGCCCCGUAGGUGUAUAAGGCAUUAACAAAGCAAACACUGCAGUACAGAUCCAAGGGCUGCCCACAUAAACCUACUUUUGUUCAAGAAAAAGGAUGUUGGCUUAAAUUAAUUGUUUAGUUUGUCAGUCUGUACAUUUUAAGUUUAAUUUGUUCUGGUAGCAUAUUGUUAUGUUCAUGAAUAAUUUGUAAACUUUUAAUGGAGUCCGUUGACACUUUACUGUUGGUGAACAUAGUACAGUACAGAUGUGUUUAUGAGCAUCAAGCAAAAUGUGUUUUGUAACCGAUAUGGAAAUUACUCUUUUGCUUUUUCCAAAGAGUGAAAUUACAUGAUCUGCACAGGAAUUGUCUAAAACGUGUGUGCACGUGCAUGACUGUGUUAUAUUGUGAUAAUGACUCAAUACCUCUAUGCUGCACAUAGUUUUACAUUUUUCCGAUUUUAUUGCAAUUCACAUUUUCAAUGUACCUACUCUGUGUUGGAUCAUUUCACUGUUAACGUCCCCCACUAUAUGUUAGAUAAUUAAAAUGAAUCAACUUUGUAAUGCCGCCACAAUGUAUUAUUAACAUUGUGGCUGGCUUACUUGAGCACAAACAGUCACUGGAGUUAUAAUUAUGUGGAUAAUGAUUGUAGGGAUGCAUAUUUUAGCAUACACUACACCACCAGGUCUCUGUGGGCAGCCUGUUAUUGGAAAUGAUGGGCAGAUUAACUAAAGGGCAUAAUUAUGAUUUUUUUUGUUUUUCAAAUGGUUAUAUUAAUGGUAUGAUAUACUCUAGAUUAAAAUGUUCAGUAUAGUCUAUUCACGAUAUUUCAGUCUCAGCAUUAUGCUGCAGAAUUCACUGAGAAUGUAAAACUACUGACAUAGAUGUACAGGCCUUCUCUCCAGGUUAGUUUGAGGAUAUGAGAGGACCACAUUGACUGUCCAUGAAAAAGUAUUUGUGGUCAUCUUUGUCUAUCAUCCCUGGUUGAAACCAUGUCCUGCAGGCUCUGUAGACUUGGAUUUUCAUGUAGCAGCUCUGCUUUGCUUUGAUUUCUCAAAUUCUGUAAUUCGUUUCCAGGCAUCCACGUACUUAAGCUCCAGGCUAGGAAAUAUUCUAAAAUGGCAGAACAUUUUCUGUCCAUGGAAUUCAUCUAUUGCACAAUAGCAUGGCAAGCAACUACGCCUAUGCAUUUUUGGUCAUAGCAUAAAACUGAGCAAUUUAAACAUUAAAGGUCCAAUGCAGCCAUUAUUAUCUCAUUAUCAAAUCAUUUCUGUGUAACAAUUAUGUACCUUACUGUGGUUGUUUUAAAUUAAAAUGCAUAGCAUUUUUGGCCAUAGCAUACAUUGAGUUUUUGUGCUGUUCAACUUCAAGCAUUCAUCAAAUCACAAAGAAAAUACAGCACAAUAGCAUUAUAUAGGCCCACUUAAAGGUAGACAGCUAAAUGACGUUGCCAUGAGCAGCACCGCAGAUAUUGAGAUGAGCGAGAUGCAAGACUUCGCUCUCACACAGUCACACAUCGUAUCUGCGCAUGUGCACAUGUUCGCUACACACUCUUACAGCGUGGGAGCCACGGGACCAAAACAGCGGAGAAGUUGAGCCUUGCGCUUCAGCGCUCUUAGUUGUUGCGUAAAUUGACCCGCUAUCCUGUUUUCUUUCUGCAUCUACAUCAUAUCGCUGACUCUACCUUUAAAGUCUAUGAUAAGAUAAAAUAAAGAUAUUGGUUGUCUCGAUAAAAUCCUAAUAAAAUUUUCAGUGUUGCUGUCUACUAGGGAGUCACUAUGAGUUGCUGUCUACCAGGGAGUCACUAUGAGUUGCUGUCUACCAGGGAGUCACUAUGAGUUGCUGUCUACCAGGGAGUCACUAUGAGUUGCUGUCUACCAGGGAGUCACUAUGAGUUGCUGUCUACCAGGGAGUCACUAUGAGUUGCUGUCUACCAGGGAGUCACUAUGAGUUGCUGUCUACCAGGGUCCCAGGGAGUCACUAUGAGUUGCUGUCUACCAGGGAGUCACUAUGAGUUGCUGUCUACCAGGGAGUCACUAUGAGUUGCUGUCUACCAGGGAGUCACUAUGAGCGCCUUAUAUGUAGAUGUAGCAUAGUGCGUUCUGACAGCCUUUUUUACAUGACAGUUUUUGCAUUUAACAACACAAGAUUGAGACAGUUGGUGAAAGCAGAACAACUCUAGGCUAGAUGUAUGCAUCUUACUUCACACACACACCACACAUGCCUACACGCACGCACACAAAAACAUCCACUGUUUGUUUGCUGUUGUAAUUUGUGCUGUUGCCAGUGUCUUUUGUCUGUUUUGUCUUACAUGUUUUUUUUAAAAUGUUUAAUCCGCGACCCCACAGGAGGCCUUUUGCCUCUUGCCAGGCCGUCUUUGUAAAUAAGAAUUUGUUCUUAAUUUACUUGCCUGGUUAAAUAAAGGUAAAACAAUUUAAAUAAUAUUAAUUUAAGCAGCUUUUAUUGUUUGUUUGUGCAGCUUUUGUUUUUAGUUUGAUUACCCAAACACAUGUAGAAGUGGAUUUGGUAGGCUACAUUGUAGAGAAGCCUGGAAACAACUUUCAUUCUAUAUACUUAUUCAUGAGCAAACUUGCAAUAACAAAUGAAUAAUGGUAGUUAUUUAGGUCACCUUGGAGAGGUCGGAUAAGCAGAGGCAUAUCAAAACUUGACAGUGUGUGAUUUUGUUGUGCUAUUUCAGACUGAGACAGAGUGCCUACACACCCACUCUCCAGCACCACCAGUCUGGGAGUAAGGAUGACUCAGCACUCAACUCUUCCACGAGGACAGGCAGAGAGGCCAUACGCUCAUCCCAAGCCCCCCGCCUCACCAGCAGCCUGCCUCGGUCCAUCCAACGCUCCUCCACACCUCAACCCCAGCCCAAGGCUAAGCCCCAGGCUCAGAGGCCUAGAACCCCACUGGUCUUCCAUAGGUCCCCUGGGCAGCAAUCCUCCCUGCCCCAGCCCAGACCAGAAAACAGGCUUACUCAAACCUGGACCAAGUCUCAGUUUGCUUCUAAGCUCAGGCAGAGCUCCACAUUGGGCGGCAACAGCACAGAACCCCCAACCGGUACUGCACCCCAGAGGCAUGGAGGACCCGACAUGGCAAGGGCCGCUACACCCGUCAGAGGCUGCAGCCCCGCCAGAUAUACCCCUGUCUGCCCCAGACAACCCACCAUCACUGUCCAGCAGCCUGAAAACAGUGAUACUCUUCAAAAGAGUCCCGAUUUAAUUUGCACCUUCUGUCCAGCCAAAACAUUCUGGGAAGAAUCCUCUGGGGAACGCCAAGUAAGGCCCUUCAUACCCAUUGGGGGAAACUUGAGGAGAGAUCCAGAUAAGACACCCACCCCUUAUGACAGCACAACCAACCCUUCACACAGCUUUUUAAACAGCGUCUCCAACCACAAGAGAAUGCAGGGCCUGACGAGACGGAAUGCAUUUGGCUUUCCUGUCAAUGACGAGGCUUCUCACAAAAGCACUGAGGUGAGCCUUGAAGAGCCUGAGCAUCCAGAACUAUGUGGCAAAGUCUUUGGGGCAGGAGACGGAGCGAUAGACCAUGCUUACCUGUCCAUCCCUCCCCCCAUCAGCCCAGCCCAGGAGGCCAGUCUGUACAAGAGUCUGGAGCACGAGAUCCUGUCCAACCUCCAGCAGCUCAGUGUCGACUUAGAUGACAGCCACAGCCUCCCAGAUGACAGAAAACACAAGCAAAACGGUCGAUACCAACAAUCUCAGAAUGUCCCUGAGAGUGAUCAUGGUGGAUUCAGUACAAUUCUAGCUGGGUCUGAACCAUCUCCACAUACCUCAGCCUCUGAUGCCACACAUCCAGGUGAGUCCAGCUUUGAUGCAGUCAUCACUGAGUUCUCCAAAAUGAAUAGGCUGCUGGAAAAGGUGUGUGUGGAGAGCUGGGUGAACACACUCUCAGGCAGCCCUAGAGCCAGUAGAGAGACUUGCAGCAGCACAGAGGUGGUGGACUCAAGCUUAAACCUCAAAGUGGCCAAAGCCUGUGUGACCAGCUCCUGGUCCUCUCUGGGCACCAGUGUCGAGUCCAAAGAGCAGCCCGCUGAUUCUACAACCUCUCCUGACUCUGGGAAUGGAGUUAGCAUUAGCAUCAGGCGCAGGGUUACUGAAGCCAAUUCACCUGUAGUGGACCCCAGAGCCACUACCGCAACAGGCCCUGAUAGCCUGUUGAAACCAAUGAACGGGUCUUUCAGGCAGAAGAGCACCUUGAAGAAACCAGAGAGGGUGCCCUCCAUCUACAAGCUGAAGCUCCGGCCCAGAGUCUGGCCCAGGCACGACUACAGACCAGGCAAGAAGCCCUCGCGGAUCCCCACCCCAAUCUCCUACAGAGGGGGUCAACCUGCGGGGGACCUUGGAGGGUCGAGAAGGGGGACACACACACCUAGACAAGCAUCACACACACACACCGCAGACAGACAGGGUUCCACAGAAAGGCAGCAUGGCUAUGAGGCCACAGUGACGCUAAGGCAGUGGCAAAUGCCUAAACAGGAGACAGCAGAGGAUCCAGAGCAUGAGUCCUGGGUCUAA